GCCAGUCACUCGACGUCCAACGUAACGACAACGUUCGAAGAAGACGCUUAACAGUAAAACAGCUGUUCGUUGCAAAUAGCUUGGGCGAAUUGAAAAAUAUCGAUACAUCGAUAACGAAUCUAUACCACGUCGGAUUUUUUCUUCAACGUUCAAACAGCUGUUUUGGGGUAAAUAGCGCUGCUCGUGAGUGCGAAUGAAAAAGAAAGCAUCUGGGGUAUAUUCACAAAGAAGAAGCAACAAUCACAAUAUUGCUCAGCAAAAUUAAAUACAAAGUAAAAUAAAAACAAACAUCUAUCUAAACGUGACACGGGUGUUUGCUAAAUUGAACGACGCGCGUGCGAUUUGAUUGAAGGCAAUAACUCGCAAAACAUUGACAAUUGUGAAUAGUGUGUGGCAGACGAUGCUCAAGCACUGACGACGCUGGAAAGUCGUCCAAAAAAAGUUGAACCGAACGGUCAACGUCACCGAACGUCGUGUAAUUGGUUCAACAAAGGAAUUACGUAUAUAACGCGAUGCAUUUAUAAUAUAUGUAUAUACAUAGUAUGCCUAAAGGCUAUUGCGUGUGCAGUUUAGUUUCGUUUUCUCCUCGUACUUGUGUGAUAAAUUUAUUUUAACAAAAUCUUCAAUCGUCAACGAUUUCGCCUCACUGUGCAUUGGAAACAGUUUACAUUUUUUAAUUUUACGGUCGCCUGCAAUCGUCGAGCUGUUAAAACAUGUCGUUAAAUGAGGGAUAUCACAAUAAAAUCGAGCCUGGAGCCGGCAGCGCUGGAGAUGAUCAGGCAUCCGGUUCGGGAAACGGCAGCGCCAGAGGGAGCACAGCUGGCGAUGGUCCUAGUCAUAGCACGCAAAUGCAUCAACAGAUGUUGAAUGAAACAACAUAUCUGAAACCCUCGAAACAGGCGUAUUUUAGUGAUGAGAAGGUGCUCAUACCUGAUGAUGAUCGCACAAAUAUCGGUUUCAGUUUUCGCAAGCUGUGGGCCUUCACGGGACCCGGUUUUCUCAUGUCUAUUGCGUAUCUAGAUCCGGGCAAUAUUGAAUCCGAUUUGCAAUCGGGCGCAGCAGCCAAAUACAAAAUUCUGUGGGUUCUCUUAUGGGCCACUGUCUUGGGUCUACUUAUGCAACGCUUGGCUGCAAGAUUGGGCGUCGUAACAGGUCUGCAUCUUGCCGAGAUGUGCUAUCGCCAGUAUAAACGCUUGCCGCGCUGGAUACUCUGGAUUAUGAUUGAGAUUGCCAUUAUUGGCUCUGACAUGCAGGAGGUUAUUGGAACAGCCAUUGCCAUAUAUCUUUUAUCCAAUAAAGUUGUGCCUUUGUGGGGUGGAGUUCUGAUCACCAUUGUCGAUACAUUUACGUUCCUAUUUUUGGAUAAGUAUGGAUUGCGUAAGCUGGAGUUCCUAUUUGGUUUCUUAAUCACUGUUAUGGCCGUCACGUUCGGCUAUGAGUAUAUUGUCUCAGCACCCAAUCAAGGAGAUGUUAUGAAGGGCAUGUUUAUACCAUGGUGCUCCGAUUGCAAUUCGGAUGUGUUGCUGCAGGCGGUGGGCGUGGUUGGUGCUGUUAUUAUGCCACACAAUCUGUAUUUGCACUCUGCCUUGGUGAAGUCUCGCGAUGUGGAUCGUCGCCAGCCAAAGAAAGUGAGCGAAGCGAAUUUCUAUUUCUUCAUUGAAGCCUCGAUUGCCUUGUUUGUCUCCUUUAUCAUCAAUCUGUUUGUUGUCGCUGUCUUUGCCCAUGGCAUGUAUGGCAAAACCAAUCAAGAUGUGCUGGAUAUCUGUGCUAACCAAACUAUGUACGAGGACGCCAAAUUGUCCUUUACUGACAAUAAUCACGGAAAUGAUAUUAUUAAUGCGGAUCUGUACAAAGGCGGUCUGUUCUUGGGCUGCACAUUUGGAGCUGCUGCCAUGUACAUAUGGGGCGUUGGUAUCUUGGCCGCUGGCCAGAGCUCCACAAUGACUGGCACUUAUGCUGGACAGUUCUCAAUGGAGGGUUUCCUCAAUCUGCAAUGGCCACGCUGGUGUCGCGUGCUGGUCACGCGGUGCAUUGCCAUCAUUCCCACCUUUUGUCUAGCCAUGUUCAGCAAAAUGGAAGACCUAACCAAUAUGAAUGACAUAUUGAAUGCGGUCAUGUCGUUGCAGCUGCCAUUCGCUGCAAUACCCACCAUAGCAUUCACCUCAAGUGCAGCCAUCAUGGGCGAGUUUGUCAAUGGACUCGGCAACAAAAUCGUUUCCAUAUUGCUCACAAUUGUGGUUAUUGGCGUUAAUUUAUACUUUGUGGUCGCCCAAGUGGAAGCGCUGAACAUUGAAGGCGGCCUGUUAGCACUCGUCUGCAUAUUUGCUGUAUUAUACAUACUGUUUAAUAUAUAUCUUGUGAUACACAUGGCCGCCUGCAUGGGCAACAAGCGUCUGAUGAAUAGUCGGUGGGUCCAACGUUUCGUGUUGCCAAGCCAGAAUAGCUUUUCUAUAAAGAACGCCAACUCAACAUAUGCCAGAAUUGCCACCAAUGCCGACACAGAUGCUGACAUCAUGGAUGGUGAGGAUGCGUAGCCAUUACUGUUCUGCACUGAUUCCGAUGGCAGUGAAGAGAUUUGUUUUACCAGCAACAACAAUGAGCUGAAUUGCCACAGCAGCAAUGUUGAUAGUGCCACAGGCCAAAGCAAUGGUCAUGUGGUCAUCAGCUAGCAUUGGCUUCAAGACUCCCCUAGCAAAUCGUCUGCGAGAAAUCAAUCAAAUGUUGUAACGGCUCCUGCUGGCCAGGUUCCAGUACAUUGUUCAUCAUAUCAUCAACUUGGUCGUGGGUACGCCUUGGGUUCCUCAUGGCAACAUUUGAAUUGUUGUUUUUAUCUGACCGGAAUUACAAGAGAAAUCUUUGGAAUUAGUGUAACAAUUUUGUAGCAAAGUUAUUUGAACAUGAUCCGCGAGUAUACCAAAAA